UAUUACAAUAUCAGUAUACAAUAAAGUCAUUUACACUCCCUAAGAAUAUGCUGUUAAAUAGUGGCUUUCUGGAAAGCAACAAGAGCAGUCUUGAUAAUUAAACUGAAAUAGUACAAGCAAAAGAAGAUUCUUUGCUGAUUUUAGCAAACAAAACUAACAAGCAGCACCAACAAUGGAGCCAUCAAGCAAGUACCUGUUCAAACACAAACAAAGCUAUUUUCCAUCAGAUUUGGUUACACCAGAAUAUAUUGAUUCACUGGAGGAUUUUGAAAUCAGAGACAGCGAUAUAUUUCAGGUCACAUUUCCAAAAUCAGGAACCAUAUGGACACAGAAUAUUUUGAGCUUGAUUCUUCAUGAAGGUCAUCGAAAUGGAACUGAAGACAUGGACCUAGCAGACAGAGUUCCAUGGCUAGAGUACAACGUACGCAAAAGAGAUUAUGUUAAUCGUCCAUCACCUCGCCUCUUUGCUACCCAUCUGCCCUAUAAUUUAGUUCCAAAGGGAUUAAAAAAUGGAAGAGGAAAGAUUAUUUAUGUGGCCAGAAAUCCAAAGGAUGUCUUGGUCUCCUACUAUCAUUAUUCCAGAGUUUCUGUCCUCCUUGAAGAAGUGGAAGACUUUGAAAUGAUUAUGGACCAUUUUCUGGCUGGUAAAGUUAUAGGUGAUUUAUGGCUGGACCAUGUAGAGGGCUGGUUUGCUCAGAGGGACCACUUGAAUAUUCUCUUUCUUAUGUAUGAAGAAAUGAAGAAGGAUAUGAGAGGCUGUGUAAUGAAAAUAUGCAACUUCCUAGGAAAGAGACUGACUGAAGAGGAGAUAGAUGAUGUUGUGGAUAAGGCUUCAUUUGGCAAAAUGAGUAUGGAUCCUAGAAGCAAUUAUACCGCCACACAUGAUAACCUCCUAGAUUUAAGCAAAGGACGUUUUAUGCGCAAAGGAACUAUUGGAGACUGGAAAAACACAAUGACGGUCGCACAGAGUGAAAAAUUUGACAGUGUUUUUAAGGAACGCAUGGAAAAGCUUCCCUUCAAGUUCUGCUGGGAUAUCAAGGAUGAAUUAUGAAUAAGGAUCAACAAACCUGACUCUUUUGCCUUGUAAAGAUUUGUCUCAAUUUGUCAAGUCAGUUUGCAAAUUUUGUUGGAUAAAAUGGGCAUGAAUUUAACAGGUUUCUCAUAAUACCCAGAUUCUGAAUACCCUUCCCAGAAUAUACAUAUUUUUUGAAGAGAACAGGAUAGAUUAUUACUUGUAGGAAGGUGUGGGAAAAUUAUAAAUUCUCUGUUUCGUGUCAUAUAUUUCUUCCUGCACAAAAUUUUGUAUUUUCCUUUGGUCUGAGAUAACAUUCAGAUCAUUGCAAAGUUCAGAGAAUUGCAAAGGAUAAAAAGAUACCUGUAUUAUGGAUUGUAUAAUGUUAAUAAAAAUGUGACUUGGAUCAGAUCCUAUAAAAAUA